GCCUUCCCGGCUGCGGCCGGCCAAUCAGAGCGGCUUUUACUGGUGGGUGGGCCGAGCCGGCCCAGCUGCUCGGAGGCUCUGGCAUGUCGGUUCCCGAUUCUGGUCCCCGGCCCCCAGCAGCGCCUGCCCCCUUCCCACCGGGGCCCCCCAUGAUGCCACCACCCUUCAUGCCUCCUCCAGGAAUCCCCCCACCUUUUCCUCCAAUGGGGCUCCCCCCGAUGAGUCAGAGACCACCGGCCAUCCCCCCCAUGCCACCUGGCAUCAUGCCCCCAAUGCUUCCACCAAUAGGGGCGCCACCACCACUCACACAGAUACCAGGAAUGGUACCACCCAUGAUGCCAGGAAUGCUGAUGCCAGCGGUGCCCGUCACCGCAGCGACGGCUCCAGGUGCGGACACCGCCAGCUCUGCUGUGACUGGGACGGGCCCUCCGAGGGCCCUGUGGAGUGAGCAUGUGGCCCCUGAUGGGCGCAUCUACUACUACAAUGCUGACGACAAGCAGUCCGUGUGGGAGAAGCCCAGCGUGCUCAAGUCCAAGGCAGAGCUCCUGCUAUCCCAGUGUCCCUGGAAAGAGUACAAGUCGGACACAGGCAAACCUUACUACUAUAACAACCAGAGUAAGGAGUCCCGCUGGACCCGGCCCAAGGACCUGGAUGACCUGGAGGCUCUAGUCAAACAAGAGGCUGCAGGGAAACGGCAGCAGCCACGGACACUACAGCCUCAGCCUCCUCAGCCACAGCCUGACCCCCCACCUGUGCCGCCUGGCCCCACCUUGGUGCCCACGGGCCUCCUAGAACCUGAGCCAGGUGGGAGUGAAGAUUGCGAUGUGUCAGAGGCUGCCCAGCCCCUGGAGCAGGGGUUCCUGCAGCAGCCGGAGGAGGGCCCCAGCAGUUCUGCUGGACAGCAUCAGCCACCACAGCAGGAGGAAGAGGAAUCAAAGCCAGAACCGGAGAGGUCUGGCCUCAGUUGGAGCAAUCGGGAGAAGGCAAAGCAGGCCUUCAAGGAGCUGCUGAGGGAUAAGGCUGUCCCCUCCAAUGCUUCGUGGGAACAGGCCAUGAAGAUGGUGGUCACCGACCCCCGUUACAGUGCCUUGCCCAAACUGAGUGAGAAAAAGCAGGCAUUCAAUGCCUACAAGGCGCAGCGGGAGAAGGAGGAGAAGGAAGAGGCCCGGCUAAAAGCCAAGGAGGCCAAGCAGACCUUGCAGCAUUUCUUGGAGCAGCACGAGCGCAUGACCUCCACCACCCGCUACCGGCGGGCAGAACAGACCUUUGGGGAGCUGGAGGUCUGGGCUGUGGUCCCCGAGAGGGAUCGAAAAGAGGUUUAUGAUGAUGUCCUUUUCUUCCUGGCCAAGAAGGAGAAGGAACAGGCCAAGCAGCUCCGGCGCCGCAACAUCCAGGCCCUGAAGAGCAUCCUGGAUGGGAUGAGUAGCGUCAACUUCCAAACCACAUGGUCCCAGGCCCAGCAGUACCUCAUGGAUAACCCCAGCUUUGCUCAGGACCAUCAGCUGCAGAACAUGGACAAGGAAGAUGCGCUGAUCUGCUUUGAGGAGCACAUCCGUGCUUUGGAGAGGGAGGAGGAGGAGGAGCGGGAGAGGGCCCGGCUUCGGGAGCGGCGCCAGCAGCGCAAGAACCGGGAGGCCUUUCAGACCUUCCUGGACGAGCUGCACGAGACAGGGCAGCUGCACUCCAUGUCCACCUGGAUGGAGCUGUACCCAGCAGUCAGCACUGAUGUCCGCUUUGCCAACAUGCUGGGCCAGCCGGGCUCCACCCCUCUGGACUUAUUCAAGUUCUAUGUGGAGGAGUUGAAGGCACGAUUCCAUGAUGAGAAGAAGAUCAUUAAGGACAUCCUUAAGGACCGGGGCUUCUGCGUGGAGGUGAACACAGCCUUUGAGGACUUCGCCCACGUCAUAAGCUUUGACAAGAGGGCUGCUGCGCUGGAUGCAGGCAACAUCAAGCUGACUUUCAAUAGUCUGCUGGAGAAAGCAGAGGCACGGGAGAGAGAGCGGGAGAAGGAGGAGGCACGAAGGCUGCGGCGCAGAGAAGCUGCCUUUCGAAGCAUGCUGAGGCAGGCUGUGCCUGCUGUGGAGCUGGGCACUGCCUGGGAAGAGGUCCGUGAGCGCUUUGUGUGCGACUCAGCCUUUGAGCAGAUCACCCUGGAGUCGGAGCGGAUCCGGCUCUUCCGGGAGUUCCUGCAGGUACUGGAGACUGAAUGCCAGCACCUCCACAGCAAAGGCCGGAAACACGGCAGAAAGGGCAAGAAGCACCAUCGCAAGCGUUCCCACUCGCCCUCAGGCUCUGAGUCAGAAGAUGAGGAGCUGCCCCCACCAUCUCUCCGGCCCCCCAGGCGGAGGCGGCGGAACCCCUCGGAGUCAGGCUCUGAGCCCUCUUCCUCACUUGAUUCUGUUGAAAGUGGGGGUGCUGCCCUUGGGGGACGGGGUUCCCCAUCCUCCCGCCUUCUCCUUGGAUCAGAUCAUGGCCUUCGGAAAGUCAAGAAACCAAAAAAGAGAACUAAGAAGAGAAGACACAAGUCGGAACUGAGGAGGCGGGCUCUGGGCUCUUACAGAACAGUCCUGAGAGCGAGACAGACCCUGAGGAGAAAGCGGGCAAGGAGAGUGAGGAGAAAGAACCAGAGCAGGACAAGGACAGGGACCUCCGGCGGGCAGAGCUCCCUAACCGCUCCGCAGGCUUUGGAAUCAAGAAGGAGAAGACGGGCUGGGACACGUCGGAAAGCGAGCUGAGCGAGGGUGAGCUGGAAAGACGGCGGCGGACGCUCCUGCAGCAGCUGGAUGACCACCAGUGACCUGAUGAGGCACCGUGCCUCGGGUCUGUGUGAGGCUGUGGCCUAGUUUACCCUCGCUGUCUGCCCCAGACUUCUUCCUUAGUUGGGUCUGUGUCCGCUUUUCCUCAAGUAGCCCCAACCCCAGCACACCAUCGCCAGCACCUCCCAAGGCUGCUCGCGGUGUUCAAGGGUCCUCCCAGCUUCCCGGACAGCUAGUGCGGUCCUUGCCCUCAGCCCCAGACCAGCGAUUGGUGGUGAAUGCCACGUGGGUGGGUGGUGCCAGUAGAUAAAAUGUGAGAAGGGGCCCCCAGGAAGAGUGACAGGCUGGUGGACACAGCCUGGGUGGCAGAGGGUGGGGACCUUACCCUCUAGCAUCAGUACCUGCUCCUGCCUGCCCGGGUCCUUGGGGCACCACCACUCCUUCCUCCAGCCCCGGGGCCCAGUGUAUGUGUGUUUCAUUUUGGUUUUGUUUUUGUUUUUUAAAUAACAAUAUUUAUAACGUCA